UAUUCAAUCCAAAAUGGGUUCCUCAUUCUUUCAAUGCCCAUAUUCAGAUCACUUCUCCUCCUCUUCUUCAGUUACUUCUGAUCUAGAAUCUCUGUCAUUGAACUGCAUGCACAGUUAUGAAAACCAACCGGCCCUUCCUUUCAAUGAAAAUGACUCCCAAGAAAUGCUUCUUUUUGGUGUCUUAGCCGAAGCCACUAAAGACUCAUCCGAAACCAUAUCAUCUGGCGGCCUUGGUCAUCAUGUUGUCAAAGAUCAGGAGGAAGUGAAUUCAAGAGCCACUGCUGAAGUACUGGAGGAGGAGGAGGAGGAGGAGGAGGAGGCCAUGAAGGAAGGAGCUGAGAUUUCCUACCGAGGGGUCAGAAGGCGGCCCUGGGGGAAGUAUGCAGCGGAGAUAAGGGAUUCUACAAGGAAUGGUGUGAGAGUUUGGAUAGGAACUUUUGACACUGCUGAGGCUGCAGCUUUGGCUUAUGAUCAAGCCGCAUUUGCACUGAGGGGUUCAAUGGCUGUCCUCAACUUUCCUGCAGAGAUGGUCCUUGAGUCUCUUCACAAGAUGAAGUAUGAAUAUGAGGAGGGAUGCUCCCCGGUUUUGGAGUUAAAGAAAAGGCAUUCCAUGAAGAGUAGGAAGAAGAUCAUCAAAGAGGAGGAGGAGUUGAGGUCGGAAAAUCCUGUGGUGGUGUUGGAGGAUUUGGGUUCCGACUAUUUGGAGGAACUUUUGCGUAUUUCUUAGAUGAAAAAUUAUUCUCGAUCAAUUACUAUUUAUCA